UAUAUAAAACCCAGUGCUUUUCAGUAGCAGUGUAUUAUUUGAUCAUCUUGGUCAAGAAGCAAUAUGCCUGAACCAGCCAAGACUGCACCCAAGAAGGGCUCCAAAAAGGCGGUGACUAAAACCGCCGGCAAAGGAGGAAAGAAGCGCAAGAGGACCAGGAAGGAGAGUUACGCCAUCUACGUAUACAAGGUGCUGAAGCAGGUCCAUCCUGAUACCGGAAUCUCCUCUAAAGCGAUGGGCAUCAUGAACUCGUUCGUCAACGACAUCUUCGAGCGCAUCGCCGGUGAGGCAUCUCGUCUCGCUCAUUACAACAAGCGCUCCACCAUUACAUCGAGAGAGAUCCAGACCGCCGUGCGUCUGCUGCUGCCCGGGGAACUGGCCAAACACGCCGUGUCUGAGGGCACAAAAGCCGUCACCAAGUACACCAGCUCCAAGUAAAGCGCGGAGACAACUUGUAUUACCCAAAGGCUCUUUUAAGAGCCACCCAUGUUUUCGUAUUGAGGGCUUUGUCUAAAUUA